AUGUUCUGCGUCGCGGCUGACAGGCAACUGAGUCCGUGUGUGAGAGAGAGAGCCCGGACUUGGCCAAUGUUCAGCAGGUGGAUACAGCUUGGGGUAGUGACCUCGUGGUUCGUGGGUGUUGCGGAUUGCGAAGCUCAGUUCGUCCGGACGAGCGGAUAUUGCAAGGCCUACUCCCUCUUCCGCAGCCAAGUGCCUGAUGAGUAUGACAGUGGUCGUUUCCAUGAUCCUACAUUCUGGGACUCUGCUUACGACUACAACUACGGCUACGGCUAUGUCAGCUACACUUAUUCUGCCUACACCGGCGCGGGCGACGGGCCCAUCAACUGCCCGGCAAAGAGCGGCAUAUGCUGUGUCAGACAAUCCGCUUAUCCUCACGACUAUACCCAGGCGGGAUGUGUCAUCGAGGUGAUCAGCGGCAAUGCAAUGUUUCUUCAGGUUAUGGACUUCGAAACACAAACUGCCUUGCUGAUCGUCAACGGCCAAAAUUACAGCGGAUACACGGGUCCCAGCGGAGUCGUUCCACAAGGUUCGAUCAUAUUCUCCCCCGAGAUGGAUGCGAACGAAAACAAACUGCGAGGGUUUGCUAUCUGUCUGGUUCCAGAUGCACCAGACGCACCUCCACCGUCCCCCGAGGUGACGAAUGCCGGCUGGAGAGUUCUGAGCGGGAGAUGCGUUAUGGAUGCAGAAGGCUGCAUCUCAAGUCCAAACUUCCUAGAAGGGCUGGAGUAUGACAUGCACGGGUGCUCGAUCGAGGUUGAUGCGAAUAACUCGAAGCAUAUCAACAUCUCAUCGUUCGCGACGAGACCGAGGGAUGUCUUGCAAAUCAACGGCAAAACCUAUUAUGGGUUUUUGGAGUCCGCAGAGCUAAUGGAGCCGCCGCAAGGGAUCAUCAGAUGGAUCCCGGAACCACGUGACCAAAGAGGCGCAUACAAGUAUAAAUCUGGAUGGCGGGUGUGCCUAACAGACGGAAUGGCUGUUGAAUCCUCAUGGCACCGUCUGGCCGAUUCAGAAGAGGCCCGCCUGGUGCAUUCAGCUGUUUGGGACCCUGUGGAUCAAGCGAUGCUGGUCUUUGGUGGUGCAGCCACGACUCGAGGAAAUGGGCUCGAUGCCCCAUCAAGCCCCUUCGUCAAGUACUCUCUCCAGGCAAAUGCAUGGACAAGUUUGGAACCGACGUGGAUGACCACAGUCACCAGAAGAAUGAGACAUACAGCCGUGUGGGAUCCCGUCCGGCGACAGAUGUUGAUCUUUGGAGGUACAAGCGACACCGAGGACGAGUUCCAGUUUAUGAGCCAGCUUCACAUAUACGACUUGGGGGACAACACCGUUACAGAUCCGAUGCCGGCCAUGGCGGGCGGGCUGCUGGAGAGUGAGCUCGGCCGCUUUGAUCACACCGCUGUAUGGGACCCACAGUUCCGCACCAUGUGGGUCUUCGGAGGACGUCUUGACGCAGUUCCUGGUGGCCGUCGACGUAACCCCAACCCUCCAUUUGUUGUUUCCUCAGAUCUCUUUUCGUAUGAGAUGGAGGCAAACCUUUGGACCAAAGUGGACGGUGAUGGAGACCUGCCACCUCCUGCGGACGAGCAUCUCGCGGUAUGGGCACCCGCAGAGCGAUCCAUGUACAUACUUUCUGGCCUCAGCGGCGCAUAUGGUGAUGACUUCUAUCACUACUGCGAGUUACAUCCUGGGUGUUCGUACCAGACGCUUCUGCGCUACGACACACAGGCCAACAGGUGGAGCAAGCUGCCUGCCCCAGAGAUGCAGCCCACCAUGUAUUUUUCUCACCAAUAUUCGGCUGUGUGGGACCCAGCAGCGGGUACCAUGCUUGUUGCCGCAGAGGAUAUCUGGGAGAUCGACCUACAGGCAAACGCCACAGCAGUGUUUGGUGGUGCAGGAAAGAUGGGCUAUGAGCGGCGUGACUGCACAGCUGUCUUCGUUCCAGCUGCACGCCAGCUGCUGAUGUUUGGAGGCCACAGAAUGGCAAACAACGGUGGCAAUCUGGCCUUGUCAGACAUCAUCGCGUACCGCAGGGAGAUCUGCCGUCCCGACGCUGACAAUGCUUGCCAGUGUCUGCCGGGAUUCGAGCUGCGUGAGAACAGCAGCUGUGAGCCCUGUGAUGCCGGACGUUUCAAGGACUCUCCCGGCUUUGCUCGAUGUGAGAUCUGCCCCAUCGCCAGCAUAAGCAUUGGCCGCGGCAAUGUGGAGUGCAUCUCCUGUCCGCCAGGGCUUACGAACACAGCGGAACACACAGGGUGUGUCCAAGUUCUUGCAGAAGUCCAGAGCCUGUGGUUUUGUCCCGUUAGACAAACCUGUGUUGUACGCGGAGUACCUGGCCUCUCCCACCAUGGGCAGCACUACCGUCUGCAGCUCACGAAAUCUAACUGCAACGAGACCGAUCGUGACGACAUUGGAAUUGAGAACGCAGGUAUGUCUGCAUAUGGCGAAGACAACGGAACGGUCUUUGUAUGGGGCGAAAGCGCUGCAGAUUUCCAGCCUGUUCCGGACCUCCUGAACGUUUGUCUCUGCGUCAGCCGUUACUGCGUCCAUCAGUGGAACCAUGUAGUGUCAGUUGGGCAGAUGUUCGUGGCUGGCCCAUUGUGGGAUCCUACAGAUCCUCCACCACCCGCGGAUUGCGUCAUGGGCCGCGACUGCUUUGACGUCGCAUUUGCCGGAGCUGGCUUGACAUUGAACAUAAGCAAGGUGAGGGCGCAGCGGUCUGCAUGUGGCUCCGUCACAGAGAGGGCACAGCAGGCCACCUUGAAGAGGGCGGAGAUCGUUGAUGCCGGUAUGACCUCCGUGCUAACGAUGGAUUUCAAGUUCAUCCAGUUUCAGUACGAUCCCAUCCCGCACUACAUCUGCUGGUGUGGAAGUUCGGUCGAGGGCAGCUGCGAGGACCCCUACGGGUGGGUACAAGCUGGAGAAAUGAGGAUUGUGGGGCCCUUCAACCCGCACGAGGCGCAGUGUGCAGUUGGCCAGGACUGCAUUUUCCCGCUCAUCACUGGUUAUGGUCUCCGUGGUGGCGACAGAAUCAUGGUGCUUGAAGUGUGCGGUGGAGGAAGCCCCCUGCCGGGUUUUCCCGGAGAUGGCAUUCUCGAAACGUCGGGCAAUGGUACAGACGACGGCCAGGAGUUCCUCUUCAUCGGAGAUGGAUCGCAGGAGGUCCGAGGCCGACCUGGCGUCUACCGGUUGUGUUUCUGUCGGCCGGUCCCUGAUGUGGACAACUGCACGCUUGCCGAGCACUUCACCCAGGCGAUUGGCUUUCUUGUCCUUGCAGGCCCGCUGGAAAAGGUCACGACCUGCGAGUUGGGUGCCGAUUGCACGGUGGACUUUGUGGGCUCCAACUUGGCAGCCGGUGAUGAAGUCACGGUCGUUGCAGGCAAUGACUGCAGCGCUGGGCCCACAUGCAUGGCCGCUUUGGGCUACCAGACAUUGACCUCCACCAUGUUCCUCACGAGGACUGGGGCGCGAUAUCAGGCUUUGCUGGGGCUGCCGCAGUUGGACGGCACACCUGGAAUAUACCGCAUGUGCUGGUGUUCGGAAACUAGCGAUUGCUCCUCGCCAGAUUCCUUCGUGUCGGCCGGACAACUGGAGCUCACCUGCCCCCCAGGGCGGUACAGCAUGGGCCUGUCUUCAGGUCGGAAAUGUCGAGUAUGUACGAGAGGUUACUUCUGUGCCGGCGGCAGUAGUGACUUCGCUGUGCGCAUCGGUUGCCCUGUGCGCCGGACGACAAAGACAGUGGGAGCCGUGACGCAAGUUGCCUGCGAGUGUGAACGUGGCUAUGAGCUUGGUGAUGACAUACAAAGUUGUGUGAGCUGCGGAAUCGGCUUCUACAAGGAUGAGAUCAGCGAUGCCAGCUGCAAGGCAUGCCCUCAAGGCUUGACCACCUACAUGCAGGGUUCGGUGUCGAACGCUUCUUGCAUCGAUCGAGCUGAGCUGCUUGCAGACAGUCGCAAUGACACCACUCAAACAAGCAAUCAGAGUACAGUGCCGGCCGUGGUGGUGCGGCUCGAGCUGAUGGAUCUUCCCGAGGCACAGACCAGCAUGAGCAGCGGCCUCUUGGACGAGCUGCAGGCGAUGCUUCGGGCCGCCAUCUCCAAUGUUGUGGGAGGCCAGGAGGCUUUGACUCUGGAGAUCCUGCCGGCUGCAGAGCGACGAUUGGCAACAAACAGCAUGCAGUUGGAACUCAGGAUUAACCACCGCACGGUGCAAGAAGCACAGGUCAUGCUGCAGGAUUUGGACGUGGAUGCCAUUUCCGCAGGGAUCGCCGAAUCUACGGCAGACAAUCCGAUGUACUCCUCAAUGAGCACGAGGCUGUCUGUGCCCACGCUUUCUGAGGCGACCAUUCUCUGCCCCAUCUACCGCUCCGUACCUCCGGGAGUACAGGUCCUCAGUAGCAGCGGCUGUCAGUGCAGUCCUGGCUACGGCUUCGUUGCGUCAGGAGAUAUCUGUGAACUGUGUGCAGCUGGCGAGUACAAGGCGACGGUUGGCAACGUGUUGUGUACGAAGUGUCCGCAGUGGAUGUCCACGGCGGAGAUGGGAGCGGUUUCAGAGGGCCUUUGUCAGUGUGAGGCAGGACGCUUCGCAGCAGACGGAGGCUGCUCACAGUGCCAACGCGACCAUUACUGCCCAGGCAUCUCAGCUGGCGGGGCAAUGUUCCCUUGCCCAGACAACACCUUGACGGCAACGGCCGAUGUAGGCGGCAGCAGCGAAGCCGACUGCAUUUGCAGUGCGGGGUAUUUCAGAGAGCAAGUGGCAGGGUGCAUCCCUUGCCGCCGCGGUUACUACAAGCCUAAUGAUGGAGACCAGGACUGCCGCAACAGCUGCCCAACGAACGGGAUCAGCAACGAAGGAGCCGUGGAUGUUGGAGACUGCUUCUGCAUCGGUGGAUACCAUGCAAUCAUGGGCUUGCGCAACGGUACCCAGGAGGAGCUGGAGAGUUGCGCACCAUGCAACUACAAGGGACUGACCUGCCAGGGGGGCUUGGACAGCGCUGGUGCACAUCGACAGCCCUUUGCGGAGGUCGGGUUCUUCCAGACGGGCCAAACUCUGGCAGCGAAAUGCCAGGUCUUCUUCCUGGGAGGUGAAUCUGUCUGCCUCGGAGGAAACGAAUGCGCAGAAGGCUCCACCGGCUUCCUGUGUGGAUCAUGCCCUCCCGGUUUCUCACGAAAUCAGUACCCAGACGCCUGCUCCGAAUGCCGUUCGUCAUUCAGCUGGAUGGGAUUGGUUGUCUUCACGGACAUCGCUCAAAACAUCCUCAUUAACUUCGCCGUGGCCUCCUUGGCGGCCAUGGCAGCGGUGAAGGACAGCCGCAGUGUGCAUACAAGCAUGAUCCGAAUCGGCACCCAGUUCAUGACAGCGUGCUCGGUGCUGGGACACUACGACGUAGAUCAACUGCAAGUCUUUGAGUGGUCGCUGGAGGCCAAGAUCAAGGAAUGCUCCCAAAACGAUGACCCUUGCGACGACCUCACGAGCCUGAACUUCGAAUGGCCGAGCCAGGUCAGUGCAUGGCUUCGCUUUGUCUUUGGUGUGCUUGACGUCGCGUCAAAGCUCAGCGCGGUGAGCUUUACCCUGUCUUGCUGGGCCGAGCACAUCUCCGAUUCCCCGGUCGUGAAGCAGCUGAUGCCUGGUCUAUACUUCGUUGUUUUGCCGUUGAUGGCGAUCUUGAGCAGCUAUGUGCUCUGUGCAGUCGUGGCUUACAUAGUCGUCCCACUUCUGCGGAAGGUCGGCAUCGAAGUCACGGAGGCAGCCAAGAAGCGAAAGAAGCGGCAGGCGGCGCUCGAAGUGCUCGGGGAUGUGCUGACCCCUCAGCUGAAAGACUUGAAUCUCACUUUCCAGGAUGUCAAGGAUUCCUCGGCUUUGGAUGAUCUGGGGCUAGCAGAGAUCUACAUGGGCAUCGACGACCCGCAGUCUCUCAUGGAAGGCGUGCAGCCCUGCUUGCUGCCAGCCCGCUUGAAGAAAGGCCUGGAUCGUGUGAAAGAAGAUCCAAGGGUUGUUGCUCUGCUUGAAGCAGCGGACCUGGACUUCUCUGCCUGCGUUGAGAACCCCGGCCUUCUCUCCGAUCUGGACGAGAGUAGAUUGGGAGGGCAACUCGAUCCUUUUGGCGAGCUUGACUUGAACCUGAUAGACCUCCUGGUUCGCCGUGCAUUGGCAUUCGCUCUUGUCAAGGCCAGCUUUACAGAUCCGCUGCCACUCGACAAGCUGGCUGUGGCUGUUUCGCAGAAGUACUCCUCCGUCGGCGACAUGAAGAAGGCUUCUGAAGGAGAUGAGUUCAUGCUCGUGGUGGAAGAGGUGGCCUCUGCUCUCAGGAUGGAACCUGCUAAGAUCAUCGCGGCCGAGGCGGAGAGCGGCGACACAGAAGAAGACAUGGAUACGUUGGAUUUCGGGCUCUUCACGCGGAAGCCUUCUCCAAUGAAGCUCCUGUACCAGUCUGUGCCGGUGAUAUGGGUGACACUGAUCAACAUGUGGCCGGGGCUUCUGUCUCAGUACCUUCAAAUGAUUUGGUGCCAACCCGUGCAGGAGGAGACGGGAGUGGUUCAGCGGCUCCUCCCCCAUCCUGACGUACAGUGCUGGAGCAGUGAUCACAUGCCGCUGGCCGUCAUAGCCAUCAUUGGGCUGGGCUGCUGGUGUGUCGGCAUGCCGCUGUUGCUCAUCCUGGUGAUCUAUAGGCUCAGGGACAGGAACAGCCCGGAAAAUCAGCGAAGGUUCGGGUACUUCAUCAAUGGCUUCGAACCGCGCUUCUGGUGGUAUGAUUUAGUGGUCCGGCGGCUAGACAUCGCCUUCAUGAUGCUGGUCACGUACACCUCCCUCACAGAUGAUCAGCGAGCGAAGCUGCUCUCGUAUCCGGUGAUCUCGGGUGCGCAGAUGGCGAUUUGUGCUUGGCUGCAACCCUUUGAGAACAGUCAAGCGCAGAUCUUAGACUUCUUUGAGAUUGGCCUGGCUAUCUUCCGGUUCCUGUUGUUCAGCAUGGUCUCGGUGAUCCUCAUCUUAGCCCCAAGGAGGGAAGCCACAUGGAUCUUGGCAGGUUCCCUAGCCGCGCUCUUCACACUGAUGUGCUGCUACCUGGGCUUGCAUAUUCUUGCACAGUUCCUCCGAGACACCUCCCAUCAACUCGAUGAAGCCGAGGAGGACGAGAAGAAGAUGAGCAAAAGCGGAAAACGUGCUACUGGCAACAUCCUCUCCGGUCUGGCGAGCAAAGUGAAGAACUUUGCUGUGAAGACCGCUACUCCAUUCUUCCAGGAGCCUUCCGACGAGCAGUACAUGCUGCAGUGGUGCUUUCAUUCCAGCAGCAUCGCCUUCGAAUCAGAAGCAUCAGCCGCGGCACGCAAAAGCAAAGCGUCCAUCCUCGGCAGUGUGCGCCGACGCUUGUUGCGCUUCGGGCGCUUCUAUCAAUACCGGUCCACCGGCAAGGCGCUGGACGACUUUGCCGGGCUGUGGCUGGGGGUCUUCCGGCAGUCGGCCUUGCCCAAGGAUGCCAUGGAGGUCCUAUGCAUUCUGACGUCGGCGCACAAGUCGGUUCCCUUCAAGACCCCGAAGUCCGAUAUACCGUCCCUGUGGAAGAGCCGGAUUGAGGCCUUGCUGGCCGCCAAGGGCGUUGCCACAUUCCGGUUCACGCCAGAUGAAAUGAUCACCGCGAUCCAACGUCUUGGCUCCUUGCGAGCCGCGGAUGCUGUGGAGCUAGUGCAGGCGACGACACUUCCAAAGUCUCCGCCGCCUGAAAGCAGCGCAGUGUCUACGGAGCACGCAGGCAACCUGCAGCUGUUGGACCUGCCGGACUUGAGAGAGGACGAGCACGGCAUCAGCAUCUAG